ACGAUUCUGUAGACAAUACAAAGGACAUAAUAGUACAUUCUGUAGACAAUACAAAGGACCCUAUAGUACAUUCUGUAGACAGUACAAAGGACACUAUAGUACAUUCUGUAGACAAUACAAAGUACUCUAUAGUACAUUCUGUAGACAAUACAAAGGACCCUAUAGUACAUUCUGUAGACAAUACAAAUGACCCUAUAGUACAUUCUGUAGACAAUACAAAGGACCCUAUAGAAGAUUCUGUAGACAGUACAAAGGACACUAUAGUACAUUCUGUAGACAAUACAAAGGACACUAUAGAAUAUUCUGUAGACAGUACAAAGGACACUAUAGUACAUUCUGUAGACAGUACAAAGGACACAAUAGUACAUUCUGUAGACAAUACAAAGGACCCUAUCAUACAUUCUGUAGACAAUACAAAGGAAACUAUGGGAGAUUCUGUAGACAAUACAAAGGACACAAUAGUACAUUCUGUAGACAGUACAAAGGACACUAUAGAAAAUUCUGUAGACAGUACAAAGGAAACUAUAGUACAUUCUGUAGACAAUACAAAGGACUCUAUAGUACAUUCUGUAGACAAUACAAAGGACACAAUAGUACAUUCUGUAGACAGUACAAAGGACCCUAUAGAAGAUUCUGUAGACAAUACAAAGGACACAAUAGUACAUUCUGUAGACAGUACAAAGGACCCUAUACAAGAUUGUGUAGACAAUACAAAGGACCCUAUCAUACAUUCUGUAGACAAUACAAAGGACACAAUAGUACAUUUUGUAGACAAUACAAAGGACACAAUAGUACAUUCUGUAGACAAUACAAAGGACACAAUAGUACUUUCUGUAGACAAUACAAAGGAAACUAUAGUACAUUCUGUAGACAAUACAAAGGAAACUAUAGGAGAUUCUGUAGACAGUACAAAGGACCCUAUAGUACAUUCUGUAGACAAUACAAAGGACCCUAUAGAAGAUUCUGUAGACAAUACAAAGGACACAAUAGUACAUUCUGUAGACAAUACAAAGGACACAAUAGUAUAUUCUGUAGACAGUACAAAGGACACUAUAGGAGAUUCUGUAGACAAUACAAAGGACCCUAUAGAAGAUUCUGUAGACAGUACAAAGGACACAAUAGUACAUUCUGUAAACAAUACAAAGGACCCUAUAGUACAUUCUGUAGACAAUACAAAGGACUCUAUAGUACAUUCUGUAGACAAUAUAAAGGACACAAUAGUACAUUCUGUAGACAGUACAAAGGACCCUAUAGAAGAUUCUGUAGACAAUACAAAGGACCCUAUAGUAGAUUCUGUAGACAAUACAAAGGACACUAUAGUACAUUCUGUAGACAGUACAAAGGACACUAUAGUACAUUCUGUAGACAGUACAAAGGACUCUAUAGUACAUUUUGUAGACAAUACAAAGGACACAAUAGUACAUUCUGUAGACAAUACAAAGGACACAAUAGUACAUUCUGUAGACAAUACAAAGGACCCUAUCAUACAUUCUGUAGACAAUACAAAGGACACAAUAGUACAUUCUGUAGACAGUACAAAGAACACUAUAGUACAUUCUGUAGACAGUACAAAGGACACAAUAGUACAUUCUGUAGACAAUACAAAGGAAACUAUAGUACAUUCUGUAGACAAUACAAAGGAAACUAUAGGAGAUUCUGUAGACAGUACAAAGAACACUAUAGUACAUUCUGUAGACAGUACAAAGGACUCUAUAGUACAUUCUGUAGACAAUACAAAGGACACAAUAGUACAUUCUGUAGACAGUACAAAGGACCCUAUAGAAGAUUGUGUAGACAAUACAAAGGACACUAUUGUACAUUCUGUAGACAGUACAAAGGACACUAUAGUACAUUCUGUAGACAGUACAAAGGACACUAUAGAAAAUUCUGUAGACAGUACAAAGGACACUAUAGAAAAUUCUGUAGACAGUACAAAGGAAACUAUAGUACAUUCUGUAGACAAUACAAAGGAAACUAUAGUACAUUCUGUAGACAAUACAAAUGACACAAUAGUACAUUCUGUAGACAGUACAAAGAACACUAUAGAAGAUUCGGUAAACAGUACAAAGAACACUAAAGAAUAUUCUGUAGACAGUACAAAGGACACUAUAGAAGAUUCUGUAGACAGUACAAAGGAGAUUCUGUAA